UCUCCAGCCCUGCCUGGCACCAAAUCCCCACUAAACACCCAUGUGGCUGACUCCUGCUGUCUCCCUCUGACUUCCCCUUGUCUCCUCUCUUCCUCCAUCUCUCUCUACGUCUUCUUUUUCAUCCCUCUUAUCAGUCUUUGAUCCGUCUGGCCUCGUCCGUCUGACCUGGUGAAAAUCAAAGAGGGUGACACCAGACACAGCGAAUGAUGCGUGAAUACAAGUUAGUCGUCCUGGGCUCUGGAGGCGUGGGCAAGUCUGCUCUGACUGUACAGUUUGUUCAGGGGAUUUUCGUGGAGAAAUAUGACCCGACAAUAGAAGACUCAUACAGAAAGCAAGUGGAGGUGGACGGGCAGCAGUGUAUGCUGGAAAUUCUGGACACUGCAGGGACGGAACAAUUCACAGCCAUGAGAGAUCUGUACAUGAAGAAUGGCCAGGGCUUUGCGCUAGUGUACUCCAUCACAGCCCAGUCCACCUUCAACGAUCUGCAAGACCUACGAGAACAGAUCCUCAGAGUCAAAGACACUGACGAUGUUCCGAUGAUUUUGGUGGGUAAUAAAUGUGAUCUGGAGGAUGAGCGUGUUGUGGGGAAGGAACAGGGACAGAACCUGGCCAGACAGUGGAGCAGCUGUGCUUUCCUGGAGUCCUCCGCAAAGUCCAAGAUCAACGUCAACGAGAUCUUCUAUGACCUGGUCAGGCAAAUCAACAGGAAAACCCCAGUACCUGGGAAGACACGCAAAAAGUCCAACUGUCAGCUCCUCUAAUACACAGCCGCUCUGUCGCACUGAGCCAGGUCUGAUUUGCUGCUGUCUCUCUCAGCAGUGCCAGCAUUCCGACGUGACUAAAACCUAACAUGGAAUGGACUUUCCUGUGUGGUGACGCCCCCUUUAACACCCAACAACCAACAAACAAACCGACCAACGGAUUCAACGCUACAAAUACAUCAGAGUUUUUACACACAGAUUAACCAUUAUCACUCUCCAGUGUCACGAGAACUAAGAUUUCUACUUAGCAAUAUAGAUAUUCCAACUGAAAUGGAAAAAUUAAGUUCAUAAAAUAAUAAAGUAAAACGAAAUAGGUAAAUCAGUCAAUAUGAACCGAAAUAAAAAUCCCGAUCCCCUUACACACAGUGUUAUUGCUAACGGAGACAGUAGCCGUAGAAACGGAAUGUCUAACCAGAAUGUGCACGUUGCCACGGUGAUGCGGUAUUUAUAAGCACCUCUAUAUUAGCCAGAGAGAAAAAGACAAAGUCCCCCAAAGAGGCACCUAUAUAGUUCAGUUCAUACAGAUAACUUGCUCCUGGGGGUUUAUUUUCUAACUUUUUAUUUUUAUUUUCCUUCGAUCAUUCAACAUCAUUUCUCUGUCUUUUUCUGUCUUUUUAUUUUAUUU